AUGUUCCACUCUGAUGCAAGGAAGCUAAUUCAAGAGAUCUGGACCAUCCAAACUGAAAGCAGUCUUCUCGGGAAGCUGUUUGCCAAUGAUACAUUGUUCUUGGCAUUGCAGAAAUGCACAAUCCAGCAUCUGGUGUACAAAGAGAUGGUCACCACCAUUCACCAGAUCGACUUCAACACCCUUGCAACUGCAUUGAGCAUUCACCAGACAGCCAUUGAAAGCAUCCCCAUGCAAAAGAUUGACCCGCAACAGGCCAGCACCUGGACUGUUGGUAAUGAUGAUCAAGAUGACCAGGCCAAGGAAUCUGAGACUGGCAACAGUGAUGCAAACCUGAAGAGCACAAGCAGACCAUGA